ACUACAGACUCCUCUGUGAAGAGUCAAGUGCUCGCCUGCUCCGUAAAUAAAACGUUAGUUGGAUCCACAGAGUCUUGAAACAGUUUAUGAUUGCCUGGUUGGAUCGCAUUCAUGUAGUACUUUGAACCUAAAGUAUACUGCAUCGGGACUCGGGAGUCACGUGAAAUUAUUUGCUGAUUAUGAUCGAUGGUACGCGGUUCGAGGCUUGGUUAGGGAGAUCGGGAGUCACAGUUGGAGUCCUGUAAAGUCUAACGAGAGACAGAAGGCGAGUAGUCGGAGUAUAACUAUAAGCCUAAUGUUUGCUCUCACCAUCGUCAGGAACAACUGACGCGGAGGACGUGGUUCUCCGGGUACUGAAGCAACAGCUUGGUGGAUAUACGAGCGAGGAGCGAAGUACUAGUCCACAGCCCCAAAGACAACCAAUGGCGGGACAACAUCACCAAGGAGUGUUCGCAAGUCUCGGUGGCCCAGCCACAACGCCCAGCGUGACAUCCAGCGAAGCCGAGCCAGACUCGCCGUCACUACCUCGGCGUGUCGAUGACAGUCACCCAGCGGCUCGCCUGCCGGCCUGGUCCCCUCCACCAUCAUUAUUCAGAGACAGUGGAGGCUAUGAUUCGCCUUUCACGAUGCCCAAUGUACAACCAGACCUAGGUAUCAACAGUGCCUGGACAGCGGGCAACAGUACUAUCCAAAAUCACUUACUGGAAUUGGGAGCAACACCAGCAUCGCUAGCAGCAGCAACCGAACCCAGUGGCACGCAGCAGCCAUCAGCUAAUGUCAGCAUGACUGCAGCACAGCAGGCAGCUGCCGGGUUCGGGUAUAUCACAGCUCAGCAGCCAGGAUUUGGCACAAGUCACAUUGAUGGCGAUGUUUUUACGGCAGCUUCCAUGGCUGCCGCAGUACCUGGCAGUGUGCUGCCGCCUUCAGACCUGUUUCCCUUCCAGCCAUCACUGACACAGCCCAUGGAUUUAGCCAGCACUGUAUCUGAAUGGAAUGCGCCUUCGCCCUCAGUGGAUGGUGGCAGUAUCCAGCGAGCAUCACAGGUCGUGACCGCGCACUCGGCUCCGUGUGCAGCCGCGCACUCGGCCCCUCUGUUCCAGAAUACUGGCCUACAGCAUGUAGCCAGCGCGGGCAUAGCGUCGUCGUUCCCGAAUCACCUAGCUCAACCUGCGACGGGCACGCAGUCACUGCUCUUCGGCGGCAAUGCUAGGGUUCAGUCCAAUGUGACGAAUCACGGAAACAGCUUGCCGUCCACCGCACAUCCGAACGCUUUUCAUCCACUCGACGUCAGUGACUUGAGUGCGAGCGUUGCCGACCAACGAGAGCACGCCGCCCAGUCUGCAGUGCCCACACAAUCCGGCCAAUGCACUUUCGUGUCCGAGUUUCUUCAAAGAGAACUCCACAAGGAGCCAACCUCAACGCAACAAACACUGAACCAUGGUCCCAGGCUGAGCGAGUCGGCAGAGCUACCACUGCAGCAUGCACUCCAGAAGACCAGCUUGAGCAGCUUAAACAGUGAUUCGGAGUUCAGCCUUGCACUGCAGCAGGCCACGCCAAUGCACACCGCGUUACAACACCCUGCUCCCGUCCACCCAGCAGGUGUGGCCAUAGCCGGUGGUCAGGGAGCAGCAGCAGCAGCACUAAGUUCUCAUCAGAGCUCACCACUGGGCCAUGCCUCGUUGACAGAGCUGUUGAACCAAUCGAUGGCGGGCAGCAGCAGCAGCCAGAGCAUGGCUGACCAAGCAGGCAGCAGCACACUUGCGUACACACUGCCCAGUGCCAGUAGUCGGCCUACGGGCAACAUGAUUCCUGGCUUGUCAGCACUUAGUCCCGGACUGGGCAACGCACCACUGCAGAGUCUAUUCCCAGGCCAGCAGCUAGCGACAUCCGACCCACUUCAAGGCUUUCCGGACUUCGCCCAUCUGCUCCCAGGACACGGGAACGAGCAGCACCCUUUCACUGGCACACUGGAACCUUCAAUACCGUUCGACCUACGCAGCCAAGCAUCGGCCAUCAGCAGCAGCACAUCUGCUACGGAAGACGAAACAAACUACACAGUUGGCCAGCUGAUGGCGAUUGCAGGAGCCGUGGCCGGUGGCGAGGCUGACAAUGAACUCAGUGAUCUUGAUCGCCGCCUGCCAUUGAAUGCCGCCACCGCCGCUGCUGCUGCUGCCAUCGCCGCUGCUGCUGCUGACCCGGGCUAUGCAUCCGGCAGCUCAUUGGAUGCUCCUGCAGCGUUUCCUCAGAACAUGGAACCGGAGAAUGAGGUGCAAGUGAACUUACGGCGAAUCUCCCAGGACAGGAAUGCCAAAGCCGAAGAUGUUCGAAAAUGUUUGGAUGUGGAGUUCAUACCGAAUGAGGGUCUGCUUGGGACCUUCUUUGACAUGGAAGUCAGAGCUCGCUGUGUCGUUAUCCCGUGGGCCGAGCACAUGAAAGACGGCUGCCAGCUGCGAGCGGUGUGGCGUGAGGUGGGAGAGACGACACGCAUCGAAGAAAGAGUGGGUACGGUCUGUAGCAGUGGUGAUGCCGGGCCUCACGUGCUGACAUUCCGCUCCAUAACCAUAGACCAGACGAACAAGAUCACUCAGCCAUUGAAGUACAUCAUCAUUCUGCAGUGCGACUGCAACUGCUUCCUGGUGCGCCUUCCCGGCGUCUUCAUUUGGAAGCGACGCCCGCGGCAGCGCAACCGCCGCAAGCCGGAUGAUAACUCGGACGGAAGGCGGCCGCCUCCACGCCAGCGCCGCCACGGGGCCGAGUACGUGCCCAGUCGGCACCAGCAUCGCCUGGUCCUGGGCAAGAGAAAGUCCGGAGGCGGUAGUGCUGCUAGCAACAGUGCCGCGUGUCCGUACAGCAUGGGAUACAAGGUGGCCAUUGGGUACACGCCGUCCGCGUGCUCUCCACCGCCGUCGCUGGUGUCUUCCCAGCAGCAUAGCCAUGGCAAUAUGCCUGGUGGAGGGGUGACAUGGCCACGUGGAUGCAAGCAUGUCCACAUCACAGUUGGACUACUAGGCGGUCAACAGGUGACAGCAUCGAUAGCAGAUGAGGCGAAUUCCGUUGCCUACGCUGGCGAUCUGUCCUCGGAAAGUGGUGACGAUGACCUGAGCAAAGCCCUGACCCUGUUCCACAGCGCCAAUAAGCAGGGUUGCUGCUUGUGUGACUGUGACGAUGGUGAGCUAUCGCUAUUCCUGUGCCUACAGUCCGUGACACACUCCAGUCCACUGCCACUGCUAGAGGUGCAUAGUACAGCCCAUAGAGAUAGCCCACGGCCGAGCGUGGAUCCACACUCGGCUAGCAAGUCGCCAACGCAGUCCUCAGGCAUGGCACUAGAGUGCACGCUAUGGCCGAGUGUACGCGCCUGUCCCAUGGCGGAGCUGUCCGAUCCGCCGACCGCACUGGAGGCGUAUCUGUCCAUUUGCAAGGCAAGUCCCAUCUUUGAGCUGCUGUCACGCUGGACGGAUCCAGUAGUGGUGGUGACUGUGAUUGGUGACUGCCAGCUAUCUAGUCUUCAGCUGCAUGAUAGCAUUACCAAGCUGCAGCGCUCCCAGAAGACACCAGCUGAUGCGUGUAGCGGUGGCCGAUCAACGGAUGCCAGUGCUUCUGGCCUUGUGCACCACCUCACGGCCGACACCAUUGCCAGCGAGAAGACGGCUCUGUGCGCGUCGUUCGAAGUGCUGCCGUCUUUCCUUGUGGUGCAGCUGACCUUCUCCGGCGUUGCCACCGACAAGCCAGGCAGCGGCACUAGCGCUGAGGCUGGGCGGCUACUGCUAGCCGCAGUGCUCACUAGCAAUAUUACAGUGAUGACAACUGCAAAUGGCAGAACACCAGCGCAUGCUCAAGCGUGGCUGGCCGACAUGCUCGGCGCAUCCUCCGAGGAUGGACAUGGCUUUGACCGGCUGUGCCCAUGCGAGGCCGGACAUCUGGUUAUUCUGGACGGAACAACAGCAUCAGCUAGUCCACACGACAAGGACACGGGCUCUGUGCCUGCUGGAGUAGCAGCAGCAGUUCAGCAAGGCUGUGGAGAUGAGUGGCUUCAUCCAGAGCUGCAGCACUGGUUCUGCCGUGCUGACAUUCACAGCGACGUGCAGCAGCUAGCCCCACUGACGUCGUAUGGUACGUUUGAAGACGGCCGUGAUUUCCACCACCAUCUGGCCACAGUCAUGGUCAGUGCAAGCAUGUUGCACGUCGCCAUGCCCUCAGUAUUCUCACCGGGACAAGCCUUGCCAGACUAUGUGGAUGUCCUGGCAGUGUUCAGCGAUGUUUCCAGUAGACUUGAGGAUGCCACUGGCUGGUGUGACAUGGCUGGCAGUACCACUGGUGACGACACUACUGCUGACGAGCGUGAGCUCAACUCUGGCGAUGAGAAUGACCUCCACCCUGCUAAUGAAGUGGUGGCAGAGGUGGCGGUGGCGGCUAGUCUCUGCAGGACAGCGCAUGGCGACUUGAGCUGCGCAGGCGAAAGCAGCACAUACCGAGCGGAAAGCGAACCCGAAGAUGCCGGCAGUGAACUUGACGUUGCUGGUUGCAGUACACCACUUGCGGCUGAUGGCAACUGGACGUUGAUGAAGUUGAUUGCUGAAGCAACAUGCCAUCACAACACUCUGCGCCAGCAUAUUACAGUGAUUCGAUGUGUGCUCAAGUUUCUCGCUCUGGAUAAUCAAAAGCCGCACACACCGACAACAACAGCAGAGAGUCUAUUGCCACAGCUUGUCAUGGAUGAGCUAGACAGAAGCUUGAAUGCAACCGGUGGGUUCCUACAAGAGCUGUUGGUUGACAUGUGUGACAGCCCAGCCCUGCUGAUGGCUUGUAGGACUCUGGCGCAGCUCAAGCUGUCUCCGCGUGCAUGGAGCCUCUGCAGUGAGAUCGCCUCUCUGCAAGCGGACGAGGCAGGCGGCAAAUGUGCCGAGCAUCAGUCGCCAUGUUUGCUCCUUGCCAAUCAUUACGGUGCGUGCAACUGUGUGGCUGCUGCUGGCCAUUCCCAGCUGCCGUUUCCCGUAGGUGCUGCUGCUGCAGCUGCUGCUGACGGAUCUAGUUCUGUUGCUGGUCUCCAUGGUGCACAGCACGGCGAAUGCUGGACGGAUGAUGGGGCGGGCGAGGAUGCUCCCGACUGUAGUACACCAGCACUGCCUAUUCAAGUGCGUGGUAGAACGCCAUCAGCACUUGACCUAUCUGGCACAACACAAGGUGAAAGUGGUGGUUACUCUGCGAGUCAAGCGGACGGUGUUGAUCCAGCAGUGCUGCUCGUAACAUCUCCCACCUCCGAAUGCACUGGAAAGUCAACAAUUUCCGGUCAAGGUGCAACAGCAGCAGUGGCAUUGUCUCAGCAGAAGGGUGCAGCAGUGGUGUCCCCUCGUUAUCCCGGUUAUGAAUCUGACACCGAUGACGACGACGACGAUGAUGGGGCGGUGGAGAAGGACCGACGCAAUGGAUCAAAAGUACGUCAUGGACAGCGACCGCAUAGCCCACCAAACAACACAUCGAAUCGUCACCGCUACACGAUGCAACGACAGUGUUCCAGCGAUGGCGAUCCUAUUUCAAGUGACACCGUUGGUAGUGAUGACAGCGACGGUGACGGAAUGGAUGAUGCUGAGAGUUUACCACCAGCACUUGAGCAGGUGAAGCAGCACCUGCGGGACAGGUUCAUGUCAGACGCCGUCACCAAAUUCCGAAGCUUUGUUGACACGGACGAAGGCAUCCAAAUAGAAGUGUGCGACAUCCGCGCCAAUCUUGUCGAGCUGAACAGCAGCGAAGCCGUGCUGAAAAUCGAGCACAACACGUUUGCAACACUGCGAGAGGAUGCCAAAGUCAUCAUGUCUCAAGAUCACCAGCCACGCGCUAUCAAGCUGGACACAAUCUUCCGUGCACAGAUUGGCACAAGUGAACGUAAACGCACGCGCAAAGUACUGACUAUAUCCAAUGCUGGCAGUGGAAAGACCGCAAUCUUCAUGCACAAGUCUCCUUUUGAGCACUCUGAAGGAACUCUUUGGCCUCAGCUGGAUUUCCUCUUUCCGUUCGAGCUGCGCAAUCCUGAAGUCCAGUGCGCGGGAGACUGGAAAUCCCUCGUUUCCCUCCACCUCAAGCCUUCGGACAUCAGUGAUGAGAUCAUUGAGAGAACGGUACAGUUCAUCGAAGGCAAUUACUCUAGGGUUGGUGUGAUACUUGAUGGGUUGGACGAGUGCUGCCUGGGCGAGUGCAGUCCGUUCAUGAGAAACCUGCUACAAUCGCCACCGGACGGUCUGUACCUGGUGGUGACAUCGCGGCCUUGCGACGACGCUGUGAAGUUGAAGCUCUCUAAGCAGUAUGAUCGUUUUGUUGAGGUUGUCGGCCUCUCCAAGAGCGAUGUGAAAGCCUACGUACAGCGGGCGCUCGGCAGCAAAGAAGAGGCCAGUAAGCUGCUCGAUCAGAUUGCGGAAAAUCCGGUGAUGGACAGCCUGAUGACAUCGCCCGUUGUCACCGCUCUUGUUUGUGAACUUGCCAAGACUCAGAACUCGCCACCGGAGAGUGCCACAAGCCUGUUCCAGGGUUUUGUCAGCAGCCUGACAGCACGCUUCAAAGAGCGUUUGCUCGAUGGCGGCGAUGCUGGUGCCGAUAAGCGAACGGAGCAAGCCACGAGGAAGCUGCGCCAAUUUGCCCUGCACAUGCUAUCAAAGAAAAAGCCCGUCUUCACCAAAGAAGACCUGGAGCGACAUCAGCUGUCGGCGGACGCCCUGGACAUCGGGCUGCUGGUGAGGUGCUCACUUGUGUCAGGCGGUCAACAGUACCAGCGCCGAUUCAGCCAUCUCAUGGUCCAGGAGUUCAUGGCAGCACAGUAUGCAGCGGAGAUGGUCAUGCGCAAACAAAUAACUGCUACCGAACUGGUGGCCAACCUCGGCACGAAGCAUGGUCAUUUGCUGACGUUUUGGAAAUUCGUGACUGCGCUGUUGCCCAGCGGGGAGGCAAACGAAGCCCUGAUGUCGAUACUCAUGAGCUCCACGAACAAAGAAGCUGGUGGUCGUCCGAACUGGGAGUUCCUGUGUGAUGAUGAAGUACUGAAUGACACCUGUGCUGAAUUUUACAAGAAGCUUGACGAAGAAGAGCUUCGGAGCCUGGUGGCACUCUUCGGGUCUGACCCUGCUGAACAUGCUGCGACUGAAGACGUUCAGCAGCGUUCUAGCAACGAGGCCGACACCGACAUUCGCCUGAGUCUCAAGCAAUCCCUGGAGCAGUGGACACGCCGAGAACCAGAUCACACCGUGGCUAAGAUCAAUAGCCUUUUGUCCACCGUGAAGCCAUCAAUCGCAGUAAAGUGCGACCUUUCGGGAUCAGCUGCUUCUGCUGCCAAAGCUCAAGAGCCAACGGAUGAGAUUGCACAAAACUGGGUCACAAGCACAGUGGAAGAUCGAAGGACGAUAAGCAGAGAUCUGGUUGUGCUGAUGUGUCGCUGCUUCCACGAGCAUGUCUUGUGCAACCCAGGUGGCAAUUGCCACUUCACAGCCAUGUUCUACCUGCUACGCUACGUGGGCUUUGACCUGGCACUGAAAACUCUCAAGCUGCCGGAUCUGCGAGCGAUGAGCUCAGCCCUGCAGCAUCACCCGGACGCACUGCGUAUCAUUGAUCUGAGCCUGUGCGGCAUUGAGGAUCGAGGCCUGAAGCAGCUGCUCCCCGGCUUGCUGCAGUGCACCGAACUGACCGAGGUGCACCUGAGUGACAACACACUGACUGCCGAGCAUCUGUACUCGCUUUCUCAAAUGCUACGCAACAAUGCUGCCACGCUUCAGUGCUUCUCCAUCGCUCGUAACUGCCUGCGCAACGAUGGCCUGGCAUGCCUGAAAGCCGGCCUCAGAACAUGCACGCAGCUGACGGGCCUAUGGCUCAACGAAACCGGCCUGAGGAGCUCAUGUGUCGACCUGCUCUCCAGUAUCCUGAAGCACUUUCCCAACCUGCAGACCCUGUGGCUGAAGAACAAUGAUCUGGCGGACGAGUCUGUGGUCAAGUUGCAGCGCGUCUUGGCACGGGCUGGCAGUCUUCAAGUCAUCAACUUUGCUUCCAUGCAGCUGACUAGCGGUGCUCUACCUGCACUUACCCAUGUCAUUCGGAGCAACCCAGGUCUGCGUGAGAUUCGUCUGGAUGAGCAGAAUUCCUUCGAGACCAGCAGCCCGCAUGCGGAAGCCGACUUCAUCGCCGCCGUCGCCCAGUCCAGCUGCAAGUAUCUGGCCAUGCCCGGGAAGACCAAAAUUCACAAGGAGUUUUUCAAGGCACUCUGUCGUGCCAGGGGGCCUGAGCGCACCGUGGUGUUCAGAAAGGGCAUGCUCGGAUUCCCCUGAUCACACUACUCCAGUAGAUGCAGUGAAGUUAUAAUCUGUAAAUAGUAAUAGUAAGACUUGGUAGCCAGAAUGUGGAUUAGCACAGAGUCUGUGCAAGUCCAAACACAAUGCACUGUCUGCAUUUUGCCUUUCCAAGAUACAUGCUGUCGCUCUUUACGGUGCGUGCGUACACUGUACAGCGUUAGACUAUUCCAUCGUCUCGUACUGACUUCUUUCUUGUCAAACGUUGCUAAACCCAGUAGCCAACACUGUAAAUUUAAUACCACAUUACAAUACUUUGUGUAAGUAAUGCAGUGACCCCGCAGCCGGCUGCACAGGUAAAUCGUUCACAGUGAGCUGAUUAUUAUCGUCAGAGCGGCCGCCGACGUCAUCAUCAUCUUGCCCCAAACCUUCGCCAUCACCCCACUCUAGAAAUGAAUAAAAGCAAGCUAUAUUUUAACAGUACUGUAGUUUGGUACACACAGAUGGUGAACCAGCUCCAGCUCACCGUACUAUUUCUUGGUCUGCACCCACUAUACUACACUGAAGAGAGUCAACAAUGAUCUAGCCUUACACACAUACCCACUGUACAGCCAUAACAAUACCCUAAACCUACUUUGAGCCAGACGUGGCAUAGAUUUUGCUUGACAAACCGCUGUUACAUUGCUUGCUCAUAAUUAUGCUUGGGCUGGAGUUCAUUUCUAUACGGGCUACAUGUGAGUUUUUUAAAACUUUUUUUGCUCAACUCGUCAACUUUCACUUUCAAAAUAUUUUCAAAAACAAAACUCA